AUUCUGACAGGUACCGAUCCCAAAGGGUACAAUGACACUGUACGAGAUUAUGAAGCGGCUAUGGACGAGUUUGAGAUCGUUAGCAUGUACAACGCUCGCAAUGCCAGUCAUCCCGAAAUUAAAAAAUCAGAACCUCCCAGUACAGUCAUGCGAACGGCUUACCCUCUGCCGAUGGGAACACUUAGCCGUAUCUCCGUAGGCAGCCUACAGAACCUGAACCUGCUGGGUGGAAACACUAAGAAAGAGGCUGCCGAUAGUGCCGUUCCCUGCCGACAUUCCUCUUUUAAAGACAGAGCCGGGAGCGCGCCUCGCGAAAGACUUCCCCCACGCAACUCAGCUCAUGGUCGGACUUCGGCCGGCUUACGAUCGUCACACGGUUUGGACCAAAGACCAAGUUUGCGCAAAUGGUUUUCACUCAAAGGCCUUAAUGGCAGUAUGACAGUACCCAGCAGCAGUAGAAAAGAAGCCUAUUCCCCCAAGAUGUCCGUAUGUAGGAGAAUUUAUUCGGACACGGUUUCACCGGCUGAGAAACCAGAACUAAAUCUCAGUGAACUAGAUGACCUCAUUGCCUGGAAGGAAGUCGAGGCAAAAACAGUGGAAAACAUACUGGCAGAAAACCGGAGCCUUUCGACGGACAGAAGCCGAUCACGCAAGGCCAGACUGGCGUACAAUUCAUCAGCGGAAGAAAACGCAGCAAAGGAGGUAGCAGAACUGAAAGCCAAAAGGGGUUUCGCGCUCGCAGUGAAAACAAAGACUGACAUGAAUGCCAAGGCCACCGAAGCUCCUGUAGCAAAGACGUCCUGCGUAUCUAGCGUUUGCGACGAUGCUGACACAUUUGUUGUGCGGCGACGCUUACCAAAGCAGAGUGAAGACCUGACCAGACCAUGCAUCGGGAUCAAUAUGGAGAAGUACACCCCAGUUACUCCGAGGCCGUCUGAGCCCAGUUUCGGAGUGGUGGUGUCCGAUGCUAGACCACAAGCUUCACGAACUAACGAUCAUUUAACCAAGUUGUCUUAUCAUGGUAAUAAUGGAAAUCACGCAACCAACGAGGCGAAAGGGAAGAAUAUUUCUACAUUUGAGCAAUUGCGAACGGUUAAAAAUCAGUCGCCAAUUCCCAGGUACGUCGAUUGGCAUAUUACUAGAGUUGUUUAUAGCCUACCUUUUUUACACACUAAGUGGUUUACUUGUUUUGUUUCAAAUAAUGGUGGAUUGUUAUCACGGAGAAUAAUUACACUUCACUUUUGA